ACAUUCCUGCGCAUUUUAGCAAAAAUGGCGCGGCAUCCGAUUGCUGAAGCCAACGAGAAGAGCCCCUUCGGCAGCUUAACUCCCGACGAGUUCUAUGACCACCACUCGGUUAGUCACUCCUCCGAGUUCAUCACCAACGCGCGCGGCCUCAAGCUCUUCACCCAGUGGUGGACCCCACUCAACACUCCAAUUUCAGGAAUCGUCGCUGUUGUCCACGGAUUUACCGGCGAGUCGAGCUGGUUCCUUCAACUCACCUCUGUUCUUUUCGCCAAAUCGGGAUUCGCCACUUGUGCGAUCGAUCACCAGGGUCACGGCUUCUCCGAAGGCCUUGACGGACUCGAUACUCACAUCCCAAACAUUGAUGGCGUUAUCGACGAUUGUAUUCAGUUCUUUGACUCUUUCCGUGCCCGUCACGCGCUGCAUUUGCCGGCGUUUUUGUACUCGGAAUCGCUUGGCGGAGCCAUCGCGCUUUAUAUCUCGCUCAGACAAAAAGGCGCGUGGGAUGGCUUGGUUCUGAACGGCGCAAUGUGCGGGAUAAGCGCUAAAUUCAAGCCUCCAUGGCCGUUGGAACAUUUUUUAUUCAUAGUCGCCAAGCUUAUCCCAACCUGGCGAGUGGUCCCGACGCGUGGGUCUAUACCAGAUGUUUCAUUUAAAGAACCGUGGAAGAGGCAGUUGGCAAUGUCCAGUCCAAGGAGAACGGUGGCGAGGCCACGCGCCGCCACUGCAUACGAGCUCAUUAGGAUAUGCAACGAUUUGCAAGGGAGGUUCGAGGAAGUGGAUGUUCCAUUGCUUAUUGUGCACGGUGGUGAUGACGUUGUGUGUGAUCUAGCUUGCGUGGAGGAUCUUUAUAAACGCGCUGCCAGCGUGGACAAGACGUUGAGGAUUCAUCCAGGGAUGUGGCACCAAUUGGUUGGGGAGCCGGAGGAGAGUGUCGAGUUGGUGUUUGGGGAAAUGGUGGAGUGGCUUAAGAGUAGAGCCUCACGCGCCGCCGAGGCAAAGAGUGUUGGUGAUUCAGGUUCCGCUGUUGGCACUGGUAGCUGAUAGUUGGGUGGUUAAUUGGUUGUGUAACUCAGGGUGGACCAAUGUAAGCUUGCCAUGUCCUAAGCAAAUUUAAUGACAUUAAAAGCACCUUUUGUAUUGGACAAUCCUUCACAGAGUGCUUACUUGGAUGCGUGGUUGACAUUGGAUGCGG